AUGAAAGUCUCGCCACAAUCUCUACGCCAUGUCAGGACGUCGAGAAGGGCUUUCUCGUCGACGCCGCAGAGGCUAGACACAUACGGCUUCAUUGGGCUGGGGCAAAUGGGAUACCAAAUGGCCAAGAAUCUGCAGUCAAAGCUUUCCCCAACAGACACCGUUCGUCUGUACGAUAUCAACCGAGACGCAAUGCAGAGGCUGGCGGGAGAGAUGAAGACGUCUUCAAGAACAGAAACGACAGGCGGGGCGGUGGUUGAGCUGGCCGAGUCUGGUGAGGCCGCCUCGGCCGGAGCGGAUACUGUCAUAACCGUGCUUCCCGAGCCGAUCCACGUAAAGACGGUCUACAAAUCCAUCAUCGCCUCCCAGUCCCAAGACGACAGACAAAAACCGUGCCUGUUCAUCGACUGCUCGACCAUCGACCCGUCCUCGUCUAGGGAGGUGGCAAAGGCAGUAGCGGCGGCGGGCUCGACCUUUGCCGACGCGCCCAUGUCUGGAGGCGUGGUCGGGGCCACGGCGGGGACGCUGACCUUUAUGCUGGGCUGCGAGAGACCGGAGCUGGUGGGGCGCAUCGAGCCGGUCCUGCUCAAGAUGGGCAGGCGGGUGCUGCACUGCGGCGCCCAGGGCACGGGCCUGUCGGCCAAGCUGGCCAACAACUACCUCCUCGCCAUCUCCAACGUGGCCACGGCCGAGGCCAUGAACCUGGGGAUCCGGUGGGGGCUGGACCCCAAGGUCCUGGCGGGCGUCAUCAACGCCUCGACGGGCAGGUGCUGGCCCAGCGAGACGAACAACCCCGUGCCCGGCGUGGUCGACGGCGCGCCCGCGGGUCGGGACUACGCCGGAGGGUUCGGCAUCGCCCUGAUGCGCAAGGACCUGGGCCUGGCCAUUACGGCGGCGCAGGAGGCGGGCGCGAGGCUCGAACUGGCCGGCAGGGCCAAGGAGGUGUACGACGCGGCCGACCGGGAGGAGAGGUGCAAGGGUAGGGACUUUAGUGUCGUUUAUCGCCACAUAGGGGGGAAGGAAUGA